UAUCAUCUAUCAACAUGUCUGGAAGAGGCAAAGGAGGCAAAGGUCUGGGAAAAGGAGGCGCCAAGCGUCAUCGCAAAGUCCUCCGUGAUAACAUCCAGGGUAUCACCAAGCCCGCAAUCCGCCGCCUGGCGCGCCGCGGAGGUGUGAAGCGUAUCUCUGGCUUGAUCUACGAGGAGACUCGUGGUGUCCUGAAAGUGUUCCUGGAGAAUGUCAUCCGUGAUGCGGUGACUUACACCGAGCACGCCAAGAGGAAGACUGUGACCGCCAUGGAUGUUGUGUACGCGCUCAAGAGGCAAGGGCGUACUUUGUACGGCUUUGGAGGUUAAGGUCUGCCUAUACA